GCUCCGCCCCGGGGCGGGGCCGCCGCCGCCGCCUGGCGCGGCCGCGCUUCCCGGUGUUUUCCGGGGUCAGCCGUCCCUGCCCCGCCGCCCGCAGCUCGGGCCCGCCUGCGCGCAAACGCGGGAGAACGCGCGGCGCGGCGAGCGUCGAGCUCGCAGCCGCCCUUAGCACGUCCCGCCGCCAGCGUGGCCUCUCGCCGUAGGCUGCGGGCUCCGGACCGCGGUGCCUGCGGGGCGGCUGGCCAGCCGGCACUGAAAAAGCCGUACAGGCGUUCAUCCCUGGGCUGGAAAGAGGGUCCUGCUUAGCCUCCGCCUUUCACGGAGGAUGCGGAAGGCACGGCCAUGGAAAAGAAACCGCAUUUCGUUAGGAGGGAGUUUCUUCCCAGAGAGGUGCCAUCCAUCUCACUGGCGUUACUGCUGGCGGCCGUCCUGCUCCUUAAUGCCCUUCUCUACCUGUACCUCAACAAGUUUUACAUCUCUCUGGGACGUGUCGAAACGGACCACGGCCUCUGCCCUUUUGGGCAUUUCAGAUUCGGAGCGAUGAAGAAUUGUUCCCCGUGGCUUUCCUGCGAGGCCAUAAAUAGGGAAGUCAGGAAACUCAAGUGUGUUGGCGAAGGUGCUGUGAAAAAGGUCUUCCUUUCUGAGUGGAAGGAAAAGAAGGUGGUCCUUUCACAGCUCACCAACUCAGAGCUGAAGGAGGACUUUCUCCACGGAUUGAAGAUGCUGAAGGCCCUUCAGAGCAAGCAUGUUGUCCGGCUGCUUGGCUACUGUGAGCAGCAGUUCACAAUCCUCACCGAAUACCAUCCUCUUGGUUCACUGAGAGGCCUGAAUGAAACUCUCCACAUUCCUAAAUACAAGAGCAUGAACACCUGGCAUCGCAGGCUGAUGCUUGCUAUAGACUACGUGAGUGUCAUUCGGUACCUGCACAGCAGCCCCCUGGGCACCUUAGUGAUGUGCGACUCGAAUGACCUGGACAAGGUUCUCUCCCAGUAUCUCCUAACAAGUGACUUUCAUGUUCUGGUUAAUGACUUGGACGCUCUGCCUCUUGUGAACAGGAGUGCUGGCAGGCUGGUGAAGUGUGGUCACAGGGAGCUCCAGGGUGAGUUUGUAGCUCCUGAGCAGCGUUGGCCCUAUGGAGAAGAUGUGCCAUUUGAAGAUGACCUCAUGCCUCCCUAUGAUGAGAAAACAGACAUCUGGAAAAUCCCAGAUGUCUCCAAUUUUUUCUUGGGCCACGUUGAAGGAAGUGACAUUGUACGACUGCAUCUGUUUGACAUCCAUGCAGCGUGUAAGAAGAAGGACCCGGCAGAACGGCCCUCUGCCCAAGAGGUCUUAGACACCUACAAGAAAGUUUUAACUCUGCUUAUUCAGGAGGCAGCUAUGCCUGGUACUAGAGAAAUGUUAUAGUGAAUCACAAGGCAAACAACAUACUGAUGUUUUAAAUUGAUGUCCUUCCUAUUUAUGUAGCUUGCCUGAUGGACAAAACCUCUGUCCCCAAAACAGAAGAAAAGAACAACUGAACCUGUACCUCUUGAUUAAAAAAAAACAACAAACAAGCCCAAUCCAAGAGCUGUCAAGCUUUCCAUUGGCAUGUUUAAUCUACCAUUGGAAGAAGAGGAGGGAGAGAAAUGAAGUUGCGUGGGUGCAGGGGAAAUUUGUUCCUUAAGAAAUGAUAAAUUUUCAUUCGCAACAUUUACACAAAAAAAUCUUAAAAAUUACAGAAAACUGGCUAAAAAAUGUUAGUCUACCUUAACUUGUUAGCAGAGGACUGGAGAGCAGAGACCAUAGCAUGCACCCCACAAGCUUUGGCCAAAGCCUAUGUUGUAUCCACAAAAUCCUCAUCUACUUUCCCAUGUAGUAAAAGCAGUGGUCACUUAGAAAGGAGUACCCCACUUCACUUCAGAUUUUGGUGAGCCCCAGUGCCAGAGCUGCAGUGGCAGUCUCUCCCUGCUGGCUGGGGCAUAGGUUGUUUUUGGAGCCAUAAUGGCAGUUGCUCUAUGAGCCCUUAGCAAGUGUGUGGCCACUUUUGGAAGCAAGAAGAUGAUGCAGAUUCUGAAGAGUCUGCUUCCAUCACAGGUUCUCGGUUUUCAGGCCUUUGUCCAGUGGUGUUUUCAGAUGGGCUCUUUAGAGAUGAAGCUGUCAAAUGCAAGUCUCUUGCUCCUCUGUAAUCCACAGAAAGGCUGAACACUUUGGAAGAGAGCUGAGGUGUGUCUUUUUCUUUUCAUUCACUUAUCCUUGCUUAAUGUCAUCAUGAUUUGAUGGAAAGAAGGAUAACAAGGAACUGAAAGAGAAUAUGACUUCCACAGCAAUGAGCAUUAAACACAAGCUUUGGAAAAGAAAAUUCUCGUUCUGCUAAAAAGUAGCCUUCUUUGGUGUGCUAGGAAAAAGCUUGAGGUAACCUACAUGGCUGUAACAGCCUGGUACCAACAGCUGGAGAGGAAGAACAAUGAGCCUUAAUCCAGCAAUAGGCUCUGUUUGGUGGGACUGGGAUCCAGGAUGUAGUUCUCUUGGGGAAAAAAACAGGAAUAAUAUGAAUGAGAAACUUGGACUCCACCAUUGUCCACCUGAGGACUUUCUGUGCUGGGACUCAAUCUUUGAAAGGCCUAAGAGACAACUUCUGUGUUUUGACCUGAGAGGAGAUGUGCAAGCAGUACACUGUCCUUUUUGAAGAGUUUGGUUCUGUUCUUUUCUGUGCUGCUGUUCCUCUUCACAUAAACCAGCCAUGUUCCGAUUGCACUGAGAUCAUGGAGUCAUUUCAUAUGUAUAAUGUUCAAAUCCUGAUAGCAGAAUUUUAUUAUAAAUGGGAAAAAUUUUCUGCAAAUUAGUAAAUUCAGUCCUGAUAUCAUACAAUGCCACCAGGAACCCUUUAAAAGCUGCUGAUUAUGCCUUUCCUUCCGGCCAGUCUGUUUUCUUAAGUUAGACUUUUUCCAUUUUUCACUUAUCCAUUCCUUCCUUGCAGUUUUCCUGCUCAGGUUGUCAGGAGACAAACCUCAGAAAUCAAGGUUUCCAAAAGAUAGCAGUGAUUGUGGAUAUGCUUCAGGUUUGUUUUGGACUUUGAUUCGAAACACCUAAAAGAAGCAUGUUGUAAAUGCACCAUCCAGCCCAUGAACUCUUGACUUGUUAUUAUUAGGGUUAGAUUUCUAUAGUUCCAGCAUGAAUACAGGAUGUGCAACAGUUGGAAAGUCUCCUGUUACAGCUCCUUGAAGCCAGGGGUAAGGCUUUAAAGGGCCAAGAGUCAAACCUUUUGCAUGUUUCUCCCACAAUAACUUGUUAACUUUUGUUAGCCAUCAUGUACACUUGAAAGGGAAAUCUUCAUCUCAUGGCUGCAAAUAACCAUCCCAUGAGGGGUUUAUGUAGCAAGGACAGACAAGAACCUGACAAACAUCUUGUGCUGGUCUUUCUUGGUUAAGGCAAGUUUCUGCUUGCUUCUGCUGGGAUUCUUCCCCUGUUGUGUACUGUUGCACCUUGCAAACAGCCAUAUUACUUUCACAGAGUAAAAAAAAUGAGAAAAAAUUCUGGUUCAGAAUAAUUAUCUUGCCAUGGAGAUGAUUCUGUGUUCCUGCAUUAAAUAGUUAUAAUUUUUUUAAGAAAAGGUGUCUCCCUAAACAUUCACCCUGAGCAGUGGCUUCUCCAUGAAUCGUUUCUAUUCCCUCUUCUUCAGCUUGUGUGUUGUCCAGCAUUGUACUUCAGCAGGAAUAAAUCAGAUUUGUUCUGAAUACAGCAUUAUGGACGUGCAGUUUCUCUUUUGGGAUGUUGUUUCUGUCUUUGGGGAAACGCUAGAUGGCAGCAUGAAGGCCAGUUUAGUGUUAGUUAUUAGCAGCUGGCUCUGAAGCCCAGACAUAGCCAGAAUCUAGCCUUGCAGCCAGUAUUUUCCUAGCAAGCUUCCAUAAACUCCUUAAAGAUCUCAUUGUGUUUGCUUUAGUGAGUCUGAAGGAACAAGACAGAUAGAUACAGGGGCUGACCUGUCACCCUCAAAUGUCCAUUUCUAUCUCAGCCUGGUGAGACCAAAACCAAGUUUGUGUGUCACCUCCUUCCAGUCUUUCAGUAAAAUCAGAUGUUAGUACCCCGUGCAUCUUUCUAUUCUUUUCUGCUAGCUCCUUCUGCAAUCUCAAGAUUGCAUGAAUCCAGUUCUUCCCACAUUUCCAACUUCUUUUCCCUUAAAGGGAAGAGGCAAGACAUCACAGAGAGGGGAAAGAGAGGCAGGACAGCCCUACAUGCAGUAGUCUUCCCUCUUUCCACUCUCUUUUCUGGGCAUUUCAGUCUUUGCCACCAAUCACAGCCUUUGAUAAACAUUCAGGGACUUUGCUGCCUCAAUACAAGCAGCUCUUGUCUGUCUAGUGGAAAACAUCAGAAGAUGAAGGGCAGGAAGAGGCUGUUCACAGCUGGGAGCCUGCAAGUCCCUCUCUGCUCACCCACACCCCAGCCAGCUCUAGACCAGUGGACAUGACCUCCUGUGCUAAGAACUGCCACAGUUCUGCCUGACCUCAGCAACAGCUGCUGGUUCUUAUCUCAAGCUCAAAUCAAGUGUCCCACAUUCCUAUCCUUUCUCACAAAAGGUGCUUCUCUGGGGAUGGUCAUUGCCAUAUUUCUUACUGUAUUAUUGUUCUUCCAUCCCAAAAGUCCAGUCAAAGAGAUUGCACAAAUAUGCAGGAGAAGGACAGCUACUGAUGCUUAUCUGCUUCAGAAAACUUCAGAGGUGGUUCCCCAAACCACACUAGGUAGUCAUUGCCGAGGCAGAUAUGAUUCCAGUUAUUCUAUGGCAUUUGUUUACUGUUCUUGGGCGUUGGUUUUUCCUUUCCUUUUUGCCUGUGGAGUUUUUUCCCAUUGGCAUGCUAAGA